AUGAUACUUGCCUCUGCUCUGAUUGUUGCUGUUGCGCUCGUCGAGUCUGUAGCGGCUCACGGUUACGUCCCCCAAAUAAAAAUAGGAAACCAAUAUAUCCCGGGAUGGAACGUCCCGACCGAUCCCUACACCACACCUCAGCCCCUGCGAGUUGUCCGCGCAACAAAGCCAGACUCUGGGUUCAUCUCUGAUCCAUCUUCUGGAGACAUUACCUGUUCCAUCGGUAACUCCUUCCUCCCACCGGGCCCCAUUACUGCCACUGUUGCAGCGGGCGGUACCGUUCAGAUGCUUUGGAACACAUGGCCAAUUGGUCACUAUGGACCUGUUCUCAACUACAUGGCCAAGUGCCCCGGUGACUGCUCUGUUUGGAAAGGAGACACAGGCACUCCUUGGUUCAAGACACAACAAGACGUCUACUCCAAUGGCGUGUGGGCUUCAGACGUUUUGGCGCAGAGCAAUUUCACUUAUACCGUGAAGAUCCCAAGCAACAUCACCCCAGGCAACUAUCUACUCCGUCACGAGAACCUUGCGCUACACGGGGCAGCAAACCUUGGUGGCGCCCAAUUCUACCCAGUUUGCGUACAAUUGACAGUUACUGGUGGCGGAUCGCUCAAUCCAUCUGGGCUAGGAUUCCCAGGAGCUUACUCGGCUACUGACCCAGGUAUCCAUUUCAAUCCGUACCAAGGAGAAGCGGCCAACCAAGCAUACGUCCCUCCUGGUGGUCCAGUCUAUCCUGGCUUGGCAUUUUAA